UUAUCACGGUCGGUUAGUCGUUUCGCGUUUAUUUUUCUGCUAUUCAUAAUCAAGUGGAAUAUCUUGAGCGUUCGAUGCGGCACCCGCAAUUGGAGAACGAUAAACGCGACGUAUAUCAGUGAUUUCCACCUCCGGUGGCAGCUCUGCUCAAAAGCCCUUCCAGAGGGUACAUUUUACAACUAGAACUACUAGCGCUCAGUUCGAUCGGAUCCUUCCCCAUUCUACAAGUUGUCGUGCCUCCUUCGUAGGCCUUUGGUUGAGAGUACAGUUUAACUGAUAUAGACAUCUAUUCCAUUGAAUCCAUCAGUAAUAGGUGCCCGGAAUCGAUCGCAGUGAAAAAGUUAUCUAAAGUGAAGAAGAAAAACACACCACUUAGCAACGCAUACUGUUCGUUGCUCCGUUCGUGUAGUGGAAGGUUUCGAGGAAGAAAAUAGCUUUUCGUUUGCGUUUGCGUUUUCGUGUUUGCGAAAACCAGCAGCAACAGAAUGUCCGGCAAGAAUAUGAUGAAUAAAUUUGUAAUACGGAAUAUAGCGCACCGCCUGGUGAACUUCACGUACUGGUGCAUGUUCUACCUGAUGCUUCUAUGCAUGCUGGAUACGGCUGGCAUAGGAGCGGACAAGAUGCCCCAAGAGGACAUUUCGGUCGUGACCGAGAUCGAUGAGCUGUCACCAAAUGGAAGCAGCGGAGCACCGACCGAAGGCAAAGGGCUGCUCUCGACCGACAUAGGGUUUGUGCACGCGUUCAUUGCGUCAUUUAUGGUAAUUAUCGUAUCGGAGCUUGGCGAUAAGACGUUCUUCAUUGCGGCCAUCAUGGCCAUGAGGCAUCCCCGAUUGACGGUGUUCGCCGGUGCGAUCACUGCCCUCGCGCUUAUGACCGUCCUGUCGGUGAUAUUCGGUUAUGCUGCAACGUACAUACCCCGCAUCUACACGUUCUACAUCUCGACCGCGCUGUUCGUCCUGUUCGGGCUCAAAAUGCUGUACGACGGGUAUCGGAUGUCAGCGACGGAAGCUGCUGAGGAGCUGGAGACGGUUCAAUCAGAUCUGAGAAAGCGCGAAGAUGAGUUAGCGCGAUCCAUGAACGGAAGUCGCAAGGAAACGGUCGAGCUCGUCCCGCUCAGCGACGUCAAGGUCACGGACGGCAAAGGACAACAGCAACAGCAGCAGCGUGCGGUCACCAUUUUGCCCCGCAGACACGGACCCACGGGUUCCAUCCACUCGCUGGCCGAUCAGGAAAAGUCUGCCGGCGCGGCUGGCGGAUCGUUACGCCUGUCCGCGUCCGCUUCCCAGCUGACUUCCGACGACAUUGGCCACCUGCCGGAUGCUUCGGCCGCUCGCAACCAAACAGGAAUCUCAACGGAUGAAUCUGUGAGUCGUGCUGAAGUUACCGAUCCGAAAUCCACGGGUACGAGUAGAACCGGACAUACGGAACCGAUGGAAUCUUCCCGUAGCAGCACCAUGCUUCUGCUGGACAGCGGUGGUGGAGGAGGUGAACAGAGGCAGCGUCUGCGACCGGCCGCCAUCAGCCACCACCCCGAGGGUGAUCCGGACAAAAUGCUCGAACGGGAAACCAGUGCCGGUGGCAGUCUCAUGGCGCAGGACGCUGAAGCGGGCAGUAGCAGUAGUAGCGGACGACGGGGGACAUCCCGAGGGCGCAACAACACUGCAUUCAAGCUGCUGCUGCGCAUUUUCAUGCAGGCGUUCACGAUGACGUUCAUGGCCGAGUGGGGUGACCGAUCCCAGCUGACCACCGUGAUCCUGAGCGCGCGCGAAAACGUCUACGGUGUGAUAGCGGGUGGCGUCAUUGGACACUCGAUCUGUACCGGUUUGGCUGUGAUCGGUGGGCGCAUGAUCGCUCAACGAAUUUCCGUCCGCAGUGUGACUCUCAUUGGUGGUGUGGUGUUCCUGCUGUUUGCCCUAAGCGCAUUGCUGUUCGGACCGGGUGAAGAAGAACCGGUGAAGGUGCCCAUCCCUUAGGCGUCAGAGCACGCGCCAGUGCUCCUCUCAUCCAUCUCUCUCACCCACACUCUUCCUGUCGGCACGAAGAAGGCUUAGGGCAAUUCAAAGCGCAUCCGGCGACACCUGAAGAACCGGAAUCGAAAUCGAAUCGAACCCCCCUCGCAAGGCAGGACAGGACGUUGGGCGCGUUGAGAUUUGUGCUAGAUAUUAUAGGCAAACGAAGAGUUCCAGUUUCGCAAAAAAAAACCACCCUUUUCCAUCGUUCUGUUUUAUUAUGUAAUGCAAGCAUGGGCGUCGCUAAUGCCGCGGAAAUUCGCCCUAAUCCAGGGAGCUAGGGACACACGCGGCACGUUUCUCACUCGCUUAUGUUUGUACAUCUGGUGGGGGCUCUUGGCGCCAUAUGUAAGAUUGUAAAGUAACAAACAAACACUGAAACUAAACGUGUAACUUUGCCUUGUUUGAUCGGAUUCCACUGCCUGUUACCGGGAUCCAAUCGACCGAUGUAGUUCAGGAAAGGUCGCACGCAGGAUGAUAUAUGUUUAUGAUG